ACGAUAUACGGCCAUCUUGAUUUGUACCUGGGGAAAGCCUGUGUUUUGGUAUCGUACUUAUCAACAAAUUUUAGUAAAUUUACAUCCGUUCAUUUCUUAAAACUUCAAAAUGGAUGAAGAAUAUGAUGUCAUUGUUCUUGGUACAGGUCUGAAGGAAUGCAUUCUAAGUGGACUGUUGUCUGUAAAUGGCAAGAAAGUUUUGCACAUUGACAGGAACAGUUACUAUGGUGGAGCCAGUGCAUCGAUCACCCCUCUUGAUGCGUUGUUUGAGAAGUAUGGGAAAAAAGCACCAAGCACGGAUAAUUUUGGCAGAGCUAGGGACUGGAAUGUAGAUUUGAUUCCUAAAUUUCUCAUGGCAGGUGGUGAGUUGGUGCAGAUGUUGAUUAUGUCUGGAGUUACACGUUACCUUGAGUUCAAGUCUGUUGAAGGCAGUUACGUAUAUAAACAAGGAAAAGUUUACAAGGUGCCAGCAAACGAAAAAGAGGCGCUUGCUUCAAAUUUGAUGGGUUUAUUUGAGAAACGUCGUUUUAGGAACUUCAUUCAAUUUGCACAUUCAUAUGAUGAAAAUGACCCGAAAACGUUAAAUAAAGAACUAAAAAACGAAAGUACAAUGGAAGAAUGUUAUAAUCAGUAUGGUUUGGAUAAGAACACUAUGGAUUUCACCGGUCAUGCUAUUGCCCUGUAUCUCAAUGACGAUUACCUUAAAGAACCAAUGCCAGAUACCUUAAAGAGGAUCAAGCUGUACAGUGAUUCUCUGUCUCGCUACGGCAAGUCUCCCUACUUGUAUCCGCUAUAUGGCCUGGGAGAGCUACCGCAAGGUUUUGCAAGGCUUUCAGCAAUUUAUGGUGGUACUUACAUGUUGGCCAAACCAAUUGAAAGCAUUGAAUAUGACAAUGGUGUAGUCACUGGCGUCAAGUCAGAAGGGGAAACUGCAAAAACAAAAUGUGUUGUGGCCGAUCCAUCCUACUUCACGGACAAGGUGAAAAAGAUCGGCCAAGUGGUUCGUUGUAUCUGUUUGCUAAAGGCACCAAUCCCAAACACAAAGGAUUCAAGUGCUUGCCAAGUUAUCAUUCCACAAAACCAAGUAGGACGAAAAUCAGACAUCUAUGUGUGCUGCAUAUCUAGUGCUCAUAAUGUUGCUGCGGAAGGCUUCUACAUUGCCAUCGUCUCCACAACAGUUGAAACUGACGAGCCAGAGAAGGAGAUACAACCAGGUUUGGACUUGCUAGGACCAAUACUGGAGAAAUUUACAUCUGUUGAUGACAUAUUUCAGCCGACUGAUGAUGGCUCGACUUCUAAGGUAUAUAUCACUAAGUCAUAUGACGCUACCACUCAUUUUGAGACGACCUGUGACGACAUCAAAGACACCUAUAAACGAAUCACGGGUGAUGACCUCGACUUCAGCCAAGUACAGAAAGAUCUUCAGGAUGUUGCCUCCUAGAUCAAGCAUCAGAUAUUCUAUCAUUCGAUUAUCCUCCCCCUGCUUCAAUUAACGACCUGUGAUUCACAGAUGAUAGUGAUCUUACAUUCGUUGAACCAAGCUACAACUGCACGUACCCCCCUCUGGUGCCAGUGCGAUGAUCAUACGAACAGGUUGCAUAUUAAGUCUAAAAUUAAAAAUAUUCGGACCUAUUCUAUAUUGUAAUGGUUAAGUCCUAAUUGUAAUUUUUAAAUGUAUUGAAAGUUUCGGGUCUUUCAUUUUGGAACACUAUUUUAUGACAAUCAUUAACCUACCUACUCAUAUCCUUUAAUAAUUUUGAGGGUUUUUAGUUGUUGGAAGACAUUGGUUGGGGUUAUGAAUGUUCAUGUUUUUGUAAAGAACUUUGCAAUGGAUAAGAAAGAAACAGCCAAAAAAGAUGCUUGCAACAUUGAAAAAGCUGGUAAAUUUAUUCAGUAAUGCUCAACUUUAGAGGGCUCAGUACAUCUUCAUGUAAAGAUGGAGAUGUAGUGUGCCCUCUAGAGUCAUUCAAUAAUGCUUAACUCUAGAGGGCUCGCUACAUCUUCAGCUAUACAUUCAAUCUCCCCCAUUAGCAUCGGAGGAAGUGUUGAUUUAAUAGUUGCAUUUAAAUUAUCUUAGCUGUUUCAUUAUUUUUGGGGAAAAAAAGGAAACGUUUAUAGAUUGUGAUAGUGAAACAUGUAUAUUUGUGAUAAAAGUUAAACUGCAAAAUGAGUAUAAUUGUAUUAAAUAUAUAGUUACCUAAAGAUAAGCAUGAAUGUUCUUACCUAAUUACCACAUUUUUUUUUUCUACACUGCUAUUAGUGUUACCUGUGAUUUUUAUCUUAUGGUGAUGCAUUUUUUUUUUCAUUGUAGUAAAUUUUGUGCAUCUAGCCCUAGUACUGACCAACAACCCUAGACGAUUAAAAUGUUCGUCGAUGGAUUGUAUAUGUAAUAAUCAGGAUAAAAUAUAGCAUUUUAAGUGGCAGAAAAACAAACGUACUUAGUGGCCAAAAAAUUAGUUGAAAUUGGACAACUAGACACAUAAAUGAACCAUACAAAUGUUUUAGAAUUUAUUUUUUAAAUUGGAUGUUAAAUCAUCAGAAAUAACCAGGUCUGUAAUUAUUUAAUUAUAUAUUAUUGGAUGAUAUUCAUAACAAGAAUGACUGAUGGGAAAGAUUGAAUCAGUGAAUGUAAUUGAUAUGGUUAAGGUAUUGACAAUUUUAUUUUACUACACAUUGUUAAAUAUACAUAUAUAUAUAUAUAUAUAUAAAUUAUAUAUAUAAGCAUGUAUUACUAAAUGUUAACCAAAUAUUUGAUAAAUUUCAAGGUGAAUGGUAAAGGCAACUCAUUUUGUGUUAAUAGGAAGUUUAUGUUGUACGACAAAUUAUAUUUUGUUUCUAAUUUACAAGCAAGAGUAUAUGACCUUUCAGAGAUAGAAACUGAUUUAUUAUAAUGUUCGUUGCAUUUGAAAAUGUAUUUCAAAAAUCUGUCCUCUACCGUUAUACGAUGUGACGGUUUGGAUUUCAUUGCAAGUGAAAUUAAAUAGUGACUGUUGUAGUAAUAUUAGAAAUGUGUAUCCGAUUCUCAUCGCAUGCCUCCAGUUAUCAAUCCCACUGUAAAUGUGAAGGGCGCCAGAUUACAAAUAAUAUGUCGCCCUCUAUAGUGUAAAGACUCGUCAUUUCACUAGCCUCUCAGUUGUCUUAUUUGCUCCCUUGAUGAUCGAUGUAGCAUUAUUAUCUAUUCAGUAUAAUGUUUCAAAAUCGUUGAUGAGUGUUGACAUAAAUGAAUAUGUAAUGUUUAAUGUACAUCAGAAUCAAUGAAGUAAAAGCAGUCAUGAUUUAAUAAAAAUGAUAAAUCCAAUUAAAAAA